AUGUGUUCGCAGCGAAAAUUCGCAUUAGAUUGCUUGGGUAAUUCGACCAUCGUUACUCCAUAUUUGCAUAUGUGCCUGGACCGAGCAAAGUAUGAUGCAUUUGGAUCAAAUAUGGUGAGGCUCGAUUACGCUCACGCUCGGGCGGAAAUGUCGGGUAUUCCGCUCGGCGUCGGUGGUCCGCCGCCUCCGGGGAUGGAUGCAAAAUGUGGACGAUUGGUCUGUAUAAAAGUACGAAUGCUAGACGACAGUGUAGCCGUGUUUCAUCUUGGACACAAAGCAAUCGGACAAACAUUGUUGGACGAAGUGGCCAGACACUUAAAUCUCCUUGAAAACGAUUAUUUUGGUUUGGAGUACAUCGACAAUUCUGGUUGCCAUUGUUGGCUCGACGCUGAUAAGCCCAUACUUCGGCAGAUCAGUUCCCAUGCAAGUGAUGCUAAAUUUUAUUUUAUUGUCAAAUUUUAUACUCCAAAUCCUAUCGACCUAGAAGAGGAGUAUACAAGGUAUCUUCUCACACUUCAAAUUCGACGGGAUCUGUCUGUAGGAGAGCUGCACUGCGCAGAAACUACGGCAGCGCUUCUUGCGGCCUACCUAGUCCAGUCCGAAUGCGGCGAUUUCUCAGCCGAAGACUAUCCUGAUGCUACUUACCUCUCUCACUCUCGAUUUAUACCCCAUCAAACUAUUGAGUUUCAACAGAAGGUGAUGGAAAAUCACAGGAACUUGAUUGGUAUGAGCCCCGGUGAAAGUGAUUUUGCAAUGCUUGAAGUUGCGAGACGAUGUGAUUUCUAUGGAAUCAAGCUUCACCCUGCUAAGGAUAUUGAAGGCACUGAUGCUAGACUAGCUGUGCUUCACCUUGGCAUCAAAGUCUACCAUCAACUUCAGUGUGUAUCUACAUUUUCUUGGGCAAAGAUUCGCAAGCUCAGCUUCAAACGCAAGAAAUUGCUAGUCAAGCUUCAUCCUGAUAGCUAUCAAUACUACAAAGAGACCAUACAAUUCGUCUUUGAUUCACGUAAUGAAUGCAAGUCUUUCUGGAAGAAAUGUGUCGAACAUCAUGCCUUUUUUCGUUGUUCUGCUGCUGAUUGCACUAGGAAGGAUAAUCGCCUAUUUAGCAAAGGUUCAUCGUUCAGGUACCAUGGUCGAACACAGAAACAGCUGAUCGACUAUGUUCGUGAACAUCACAAGCGAAGGGAACCUUUUACAAGGCCUCUGCGGUCAGCCGCUUCGCCUCGCUGCCCUCCUCCAUUCGCGCUCUAUUCUGUGGUGUCAGAACGCAAGAAGAAUGGAGGCUCUCAUCCUUCCGUUUCGCAAUUACCGAAUCAGUCACACUCACAAGACAGUGCAGGUACCUUAGAUGCGCGUGGACAUCGACACGAUAAAGAGUGUGCUGAACAUCAGAAACAUCGUACAAAACAAAAAGUUAGCAUACCUAAGGAGCCGCCGCAUGAAAAGGAGAAUGUGUCAAUAUCGUUGCCUAAUGUGCUUAGUGAUGACAUACAGGUUGUUUGUAGAGAGCUUGAAAUUGAGAGUGCCGAACCGCCUAAGUCAUUAUCCGGUGAUAAUUUCAAUAACAUACGUCCUGACUACGAUAAUAUUAGUGAAGACUCGUACAGACUAUCUGAUCAUGAACGCUCAACUAAGUCUGACGUUGGAGUGCCGUCCAGAGCCGCCACUCAUAGUGCUACCUUUAACACCUCGAAGCGUGCUGGUAAUGUAGUAGUAAAGCGAGUUAUAUCGCAGUCGAAGUCAACUCCUCAGUCCACAGACGAAGAAGAUUCUGCCAGUAACUCUGUCGCUUCAACUUCUACCGGUCGUCGACGUCUGAAGGAAUAUCCGUUCAACUCGACAAGCUUUGUUCCAAUCGAAAUUGAUGGCCCGAAUGUUGACAUCUCCGUCAGGAGAAGCACCGGUCCUAUCUACACCUCGACAGGAGCGCUACUUCUAAAACCGAAGGUCAUUUCAACACAUGAGAGCGAGUAUACAACUGUGAAAAUCGUCUCGGAUCCGAUAGCGCCUAGCACUUCUGUGGCAGCUCCACCGCUUCAACAUCAGUCGAAGCAGAUCCCGCCACAGGCAAAGAAGCAGGUCCCGCUGCAGCCUGUGGCUUCUGUAGCUCCUGUUCCACCUGCACCUCCACCUGUAGCUCCAGUGAGUGAUGAACCAAUUUAUGGAGCAAAAGGUCCACUACCUGGAAAAGUCAUCACCAAGGAGACUAUGGUCAUCACACCGAAUGGAGUGAGAGAAAGAGGACCGAAACCAGCAGUCAUGCCAAAGCCAACGAAAGCCGUGAUUCCUCAGCAUGUAACUCCACACAUCGCUAAAUCACAGGAACUUCCUGAUCAUCCGGUGGUUCGAAUGACGGAGGACAUUCCUGCAGUUGUACCCAAGAAGGAGGAGCCGAAAGAAGCCGAAACGAAAGUUAGGGCACCACCAACUCGUCCGAAGUUGAUAUCGGUGAAAAGCGAAGACAGUCCGAAUGUGGAGAAGUGCCACCUAUUCAACAGCGAAAUCCCUUACACUUUGACUUUGAGAAAGGUUGACAGCGCCGAGUCGCUGUCACUGACUACAUUCAAGGAUAAGCCGAGGGAAUACGAUACUGGAUCGUUGAGAAAGCUUUCGAAAAGUCCGGAUCAGUUCAAGCGGCGAAAGUCACUAGAUCUUGUGCCACGCAAGCGACUUCCAUCGCCUAGAAAUUUCUCCUCGCAGGACCACUCCAUUUCACCAACUACGCCUGAGGGAAAUGUGCUCGACUAUGUUCUGAGGCAUCGUUCUCAAAGUCAUGAGAGGCCUGAGAGACGAGGCAAGCGAGGAGAUGUAAGGAGGCAAACGCAGCCGGUUCGCUUCGACCUACCUCCGAGUCCUUGCUCACCUGUGAGCGGGAGCACGCCCUUCAUUAGCUGUCUUCACGAUGACGUAGUCGACGACAGCAAAUCCGAAUCCAGGAGUUUGCACGAAGAAAUGGAGAAGCUGGAAGGUGUGCUGGGGCUGAAUGUGGUUGCCCCCGAAAAGGAACAGAAGGAGGAUUCGGAAGGCAGCGACUCGCUCCCUCCUCCGCCGGAGACGGUGGUGAAGCCGCCUCCGCCGCCACCACCUCCGAAACCGAAGGGAAUAGCCGAGCAUGUUGCUGAGCUAAAAACGUCAGUCAUUAUGACUUCCGUGGUGAAAUCGACUGCUACUAAAGAAAAAACGACGGAAGAAGCUAAGGCAUUUCGACAGCAGGACGAACAAACGCCAUUCAUUGACGAAUCUCCUAAAAGCUCCGAAGAAACGUUGCCGGUUUCUCGACGAACUGAGACGGGACUAUUAGUGGGAACGAGCACUAGCCUGACCUCACACUUAUCGCAGCGAAUUUAUGGAAGCGAUUCUAGCGAAAGCGGUAGCGAAUCCAUCGUAGGUACAACUUAUUCAAAAGACUGUCGAACGGCAAAAUCAUCACAAAGCUCUUUGAACACCAAGAAAAGCCAAAAAUCAUCUACAUCCACACGGCUUGAGUCAGAAUGGCUCGACUGGUCACUUGUCGGUAUUGAUAGCGAUGAUCUCGCUGGAUACAAUAAAGAAAUCAUGCACUCUGAUGUUUACAACUUUAUACUCGAAGAUCUCCUGGACCAUGAGCGAACCGCUGCUCGAGAUUUCCGUUUGGUUUGUGAAAACUUACCUCGAUUGGUAGAGCCAUUGUUGGAAAGUUCUGCAGUGGCUGUGCAGUUGACCAAGAAACUCAAAGAGCUGAGGGAUGCUCAAGCCAAGUUCUUGGGAGAGCUGAGUAGCAUAGAAAACGCUUCACAACUUGCACAACGAUUGCUAUGCAUAACGCAUAAUGUUCUGCCAAUUUAUACCUCACUCCUGGAACAAUACCCCAUCUACAUCGCUGCACUCGAUCAACUGAGCAAGAACAACUUGGAGUUUCGCAGUGCGAUCAGUAGGCUUGAGGAGUCAGGUCAAUGCUACAUAGCUUUCAACUGGAUUCUGUUAAAAAUUCUUCAUCGAUUGAUUGCCUGGCGACCGAUACUCACUCGACUCAUCGAAUGGCAGUUAUCUGAAGGAGUUGGUGACAGCGAUAUUGGCCCAGUUCGUGUGGCUCUGGAAAAAAUCUCAAAGUUUGCUGAAUCAAGCAGCAAGCAGAGGGAGGCGAUAUGUGAAUUUGUGGCUCUCCUUCAACUCGAAGGAGACACAGGCACACAAGGAAUGUUGACGCAACCGAGCAGGCGUCUUCUGCGAUUUGGCUGGGUUUUACGAUGGUCACCAAGAGCUCUGUCCCCUCGCAUGCUACUCCUGUUCAAUGACGAGGUUCUAGUUGCUCAUCGUUCCAGUGAAACUCCAUUUGCGAUAAGUGUGGAACUCAAACUUAAAGGGCUAUUAGUGGAAGAUGGAGAUUCGUUUAAUGUAACUGGAGAACGCGAUGACGUGUUUACGCUACAUUUAGGGAAGAAGUCUAUUAUUCUAGUUAGCUCCAUAAAAGAUGAUUGGGUGAAGGAGAUAAGCACAGCAGUGAAAGAAGACGUCAAAAAUCGUCUCGAUCUGCCUCCACUCAAGUUGGAGAAUACUUCACGAUUUCCAAACGGCGACAACCUGGAAAGCGUUGAUGAGCCCCAACUGAAGGAUCGGCGGAAGCUUAGCCCGUUGCAAGUUUGCUGGCAUCGAAAGACCACAUUGAACAUCCGGCAAAUUCAUGAUAUUGUUGGUGUAUCCCACUCAGGAUAUUUAUUGCGAAAACUGCGCAAUUCAAAUGGAUGGCAGAAACUAUGGACAGAGCUCACAUCCCAUACGUUGUUUUUCUACAAAACUCAUCAGGACGACAUACCUUUAGCCAAUCUACCACUGCUAGAGUAUAAACUGGGUAUGCCAUCGGUGACGGAUCAUGUAAAUCAUUCCAACUGCUUUAAACUUGUCUAUUCAAAUCACGAGUACUUUUUCCGUACAUUCGGAUCAUAUUCAUUCCAAAGAUGGACUGAAGCCCUGCGUAAGGCAGCCAUAUCACAAGUUGUUCCCGAUGUCGUGACGGCUCUUUCUCUAAGGAUCUGAUAGAUUUCUGCCCCAUAAAAGCCUUUCACUUGAAUCAUGGUCAUACUUUGUUCGUUUUUUCGUUGUUCGUUGUCAAAGUUACAUGUGCUUGUAUGAGCAUUUCAUCAUUGUUAAAUAGGAU